AACCAGAAAAAGCUGCAAAAAUUUAGAAAAAUCUAAAGAAAGUAACAAAACUUUCAAAAGAAUUCAAAACAUCCUAGAAGUAACUAAGAUAAGUUCUGAUAAGCAAGAACCAGAGAAUAAUGAAGAGUCUUUUGAUGAGAUCAAGAUAAUUCACAAGAAGAAGAAUAUAUCUCUGAAGAAGAUAUCUCCAAAGAAGAUACUUCCAAAGAAGAUUAGAAAUAACU